AUGUGGAAAAGAGAGCGUUCAAAAUCAGUGACAGAUAUCAAAAGAAAGCUGGAAGAAGAGACGGAGAAAAAUAAGAAUAAAGAGACAGAUUUAAAGAAUGAGAAGAUCAAAGAAGCACAGAAAGAGUUUUUAGCAUGGAAGCAAAAGAAGGAAGAGUUUCUAAACGACGAGACCCGGCAGCAGAAGAAAGAAAAGGAAGAGAAACGAGAAGAAGAAACAGAGUCGCAGUUAAAACGAAAGGAAUUGGCAAACGAAGCAUAUGAAAAUUGGAUUCAAUUGAAAGAAACUGAACGAGAAAUGAUUGCUGAUUUAGUGUUAAUCGAGGCUCCGCCCAUUCCAUGGAUUCCUCCAAGCAAUUAA